AUGCAUGCUAUUUUAUGCUGCACGUCUGAUAGUGAAGACUGGUCAAGAGGCCAAGGUUCGUUCUUCGUCACGUCAAAGUCCACGAUUACUAAUCGUCGGACAGAUGUUCGUUCGAAAACCUACCAGGGCGGUGGCAUUGGUAGUGACUCAGAUACUAAACCUGUUAACCGAGCCCCUUAUCCAGUCUAUCGCAAUGAGGAUGAUGUGCCAUCCCAAGAUUCAAGAAACGCCACCGCAAUCCACGUUGAUGUCCGUCCUUCAUACCCCGCCGUCGACGUUCCUAUUCAACGUAUCGCCACAAAUGGGCGUCAUUGGUCCGUUUCAGGUGAACAAAGAAAUUUAGUUUAUCCCAAUGAUACUUUAAUCGUGAGUCCCCCUGCAGCCCGCAGCAGCGCCCGGCAUCAACACCGAACAAUCCGACAAGGAAGCGAGACUCGCGUGGUCACUAAAAUGACAAUUCCUCAGCUAGAAUCUCCCAGUCUGGGUAGACCGAGAAACCAAAGGAGCUACUCCACUGAUCUUAUCCGAGAGAAUGCUUCUAGUUCUCAGAAACGUAAGCAUUAUGAACAGUCUACCCUGAAUGACUCAUUCCGCCAAAUGAAUCUCCAGGAGCCGACAUCCCGUUCUCAGACAUCAGGGCGUCGCAGGAAGGAGAGCCACCAUCAUCAUUAUCGGUGCUGUAAUCGCUCGCAUUCUAGAAUAAGGAGUGGUUCGCGUUCACGAGCACGGGAUUUGUACGGAACCGUUCGAGGAAUUCCAGUGCCCUAUGGAGUGCCAACUCCAACGUUUGCACUUUAUCCUGAUUGGUCUGGAAACUUCGCUCCACUGUCACCUGCUGCCUACUACCCAGACGAGUACGCUACUCCUAUACAUGGGGUGCCCUAUCUUGCAUCGCCAGCCAUCCCAAUUCACUAUAGCCUCCCUCGUCGAUAUCCUCCAUCUUCAGCGUUUGGACUAAGAUCGGGUAUUCCGAUGAGUGGAAUCCCCACAAUGACGCCAGGAACGGCAAACAGAUUUACUCCUGCCUAUCCGAGAAGUGCAAGGGGUGCGGGACAAUACCACUGCAUAUGCUGUCCGAAUGGGGCUCAUCAGGGUACCGUGGAUAGAAAUUCGCGUGUAUUCAACUUCGAAAGUGACCAAUGGGAGAGUGAUGGAUUACCUCCAUUGAACCAGACACCAUAUGGAAGGAGCACCCUUACGAAGCAGUCACGGUCUAAACAGCAGUAUAUCGAGACACAACGAAUGCAGACCCACGGGCCUUCGGCGACGCUAGAGAGUGGCAGAAAAUCCCGCCAAACACCAACUGAGGUUGAGAUCCCUAUUCAAAAGGAUGUGCCCGGAGGCCUACCUUAUGGGCUAGUAUCACCAGGCGGUACGCUAAAUGAAACCAGUUACAUGUCGCAAAAGUUUCAAAACACUUGGAACGCGAACUUAUCACCUAAGGGCCUUGGUGUGAUGCCACAAGUCCAUGGUGAGGUCACUCGUGACGAUGGGUUCCCAGCAGACUACGUUGACCUGAUUGAUGUUGGAAUCGAAUAUGCUAACGGAGUGGACGAAGGUGAGGACGGAGAAACAUUGCCACCUCCCGACAAGAAGGUAGUGAUUCAACUUGCUGAAGCUGCACUCGCCACAGCAUCGGGCCCGACUCAGGUGGCAGCUACCUUAAAAAAGUCAAUGGACGAGAAUUUUGGACCGGUUUGGCAUGUGAUUGCGGGCACAGGUGCAUACGGAAGCAACAUCGCAAGCCUUGGCGGUCAGCUUCUUCAUUUUAAGGCCUUUGGAUGGGCUUUCCUCAUCUGGAAGACGUCUGACCAACAACCGGAGUAA